UCUGUAGAUUAUGUGAAUGGUGGUGAGUUGUUUACACAUCUAUACCAAAGGGAACACUUCACAGAAGAAGAUGUUCGAAUCUAUGCAGGAGAGAUUGUGUUAGCACUAGAACACCUUCAUCAGCUUGGCAUCAUAUAUCGAGAUAUCAAGCUUGAAAAUAUUUUAUUGGACGGUGAUGGUCAUAUCGUUUUGACAGACUUUGGACUUAGCAAGGAAUUUGUCACUUUUGAGGAUGAAAGAACAUAUUCAUUUUGUGGUACCAUUGAAUAUAUGGCACCAGAGAUUAUUCAAGGAGGAAGCAGUGGUCAUGAUAAGGCAGUUGAUUGGUGGAGUCUUGGGGUCCUUGUGUAUGAACUGCUGACAGGAGCUUCGCCUUUCACCGUGGACGGUGCAAAAAAUUCUCAUUCGGAAAUCUCGAGGCGAAUCUUAAAAAAUGAUCCUCCAUUUCCUGUGGAAAUUCAGCCCACUGCCAAGGAUCUAAUACAGAAACUGUUGGUGAAAGAUCCUAAACAAAGACUUGGGUCAGGGCUGACAGGAGCUGCAGAGAUAAAGUCUCAUUCAUUUUUCCAGGGCCUAAACUGGAGAGAUUUAGUAACCAAAGCAAUCAAACCUCCCAUCAAACCAGUCAUCCAAAAUGAACUUGAUGUCAGCAACUUUGCAGAGGAGUUUACAAGAAUGGAUCCAGCCUAUUCUCCUGCUGCUCUUCCCCAGCAUACAGAUUUAUUUAAGACUGAAAAUAAUUGUUUGAAAACAAAGGCUGCAGCUGAUGGAAAUCUAAACUACAAGCAUAAUGCUGGAUAUAGAAUGGAAGCCUGUACGCAAAGGGAAAUUGCAGCACUGAAGCUUUUAGGGGCCCAUCCUAACAUUGUUGAACUAUGUGAAGUUUACCAUGAUCAGUUACAUACAUACAUGGUUAUGGAGUUGUUAAAAGGAGGUGAACUACUGGAACGUAUUAAAAAGAGGAAGCAUUUCAGUGAAUCUGAAACCAGAAGAAUUAUGAGCAUGCUCGUUUCUGCAGUUCGUUAUAUGCAUGAUUGUGGAAUUGUGCACAGAGAUUUAAAACCAGAGAAUAUUUUGUUUACUGAUCAGAAUGAUGGCGCACUGAUCAAGAUAGUAGAUUUUGGGUUUGCAAGAGUUAAACCUUCUGACAGCCAGCCAUUGAAAACUCCGUGUUUCACUUUCCAAUAUGCAGCUCCUGAAAUUUUCAAGCAAAAUGGUUAUAAUGAGUCUUGUGAUCUGUGGAGUCUUGGAGUAAUAUUAUAUACAAUGUUGUCAGGACUGAUUCCUUUCCAAAGUAUGCAGAGAACUGUGAUAUCAAACACUGAUGAACAAAUAAGAGCAAUAAAGGAGGCAAACUUUUCACUUGCUGGAGAAGUCUGGAACAAUGUUUCACAAGAAGCUAAAGAGCUGGUGCAAGGUUUACUUACUGUGGAUCCAAACUCUCGUCUGAAGUUAUCUAGCUCAAGAUUCAACAACUGGCUUCAAAAUAGCCAUUGUUUGUCCUCUAAUCCAUUGGUGUCUCCAAAUAUUCUUGAUUCUUCCACUAACAGUUACUUCAAAUCUUCUUUUAUGGCUGUUAAUAAAUGCAAGAGAGAAGGAUUUUUCCUCCAAAGUGUUGAAAACGCUCCUUUGGCAAAGAGGCGAAAGAUGAAGAAAAGUAGCACAAGUACAGAGACUCGGAGCAGUUCUAGUGAAAGCUCGUCUUCUCAGUCUCAUGGUAGAACAUCUCCAAUGUGCAUCAUCCAAGUUCCUUUACCAGCAAAAAAGUCUGUUUGUGUCUUCCAAUUUUCUGAAACUUUAAGCAACAGUUUCAAUGAUACUUCAGUCUAGCUAUUAUAAAAAUAAUCUUCAAUAUUUAUUUACCUUUCAAGAUUGAUUGGCAGCUGUACUUUUGGUCAUCCAGAUGUCAAAUUGUGGAAUCCUUCCCUAAAACCCUCUGAUACUCCAACCUUUCCUCCUGUCUGCCCCCUCUCCCAUCCACUCAAUCCCUCUUAUUCACCAUUAGGGGCCUCUCAGUUCUGUUGAAUGGUGGAGCAAGCUCAAGGAAGUGAAUGGUUUACUGGUAAAUCUGGUAAAAAGGGCUCAAAAAGUAAAAUUGUUGUGAAAAUGUGGAUAUUUUUCUUGUACAUUAAACAGAAAAGUAUUCUUGUACAUUAACCAAACAAUGAAGCUUGUUGUCGGAUGCAAAGAGAACCAGCUUUAGAAAGCAAAUUUGAAUAACUGAGUGGCUUAGAGUUGAAAAAUUAACAACAUAAUGGUGAAGUAGUGAUGAUUUUGCAGGUGUGUUUCUGUUGUGAAGGUGAAUCGUCUCACGUUUAGCUUGUGUGUAGUUAUGAUUCUUGUUUUGCUUCGGUGCACUGUCUAUUUACUGUUCAACGUUAACAGGGAAUUUUGAUGUUUAAUUUCUAGGAAAGACAAGCUAAAAUUUGGAAAAUAAAUGUUUUACUAACAACUUGGGUGGCAUAGUCAUAUCAUAACGUUAAGUUCUCCUUUGUGAGAAGGAGUAAGCAAUCAGAGGGCUAACCACAGAGGUGAUUAGGUGAUUAGAGGAUUAGGCUGAGUAGAUGGGCAACAGUUGUAAAAUUGUUGGGGGAUAGGGAGAGUUAUUGUGAACUGUGAGAGUGUCUUAAGUGUGCUUGAUGUGUACUUUGCAUUUUUUUAAAAAAUAAUGUCAAUAUGGUGCUUCAAAAGAAAUUACUUUAGAGUCUCAAAUCAGUGAAAAUAUCACAGCGCAAUCAUGAAAAAUUAAACAGCCUGACUCCUGCCAAAUUGCGACUUUGUAGGACUGUGAUAAUGCUGUAAAUGGGGCUUCCAGAAGGAAGGAAAAAGCAGUAAUCCUAAAGACAGCAGUGGUGGCACAGAGAUAUUGUCUUUCGCAAACAGAUUUCUUGGAACAGGCAUGCAUUCAGCGGCAGUUUAAUUUCUUAUGUUUUGGUUUGUGCCGUUCUUUGGAAUGAUGUUACUGUAAAGAUAGGUGGGUGUCGUUGGGUGGGAAGCAGUGAGUUAGCUCAGGCCUGGAAUCAUUGAGGGCCAACGGUGAGUAAUGCAGUUAGGACUGGAAGAAUUUUGUGUGUUAAUAUUCUUGAGUUUGAGAAACAGUGCAUGAGGUACGAUCAUGGGCUGAGAGGAAGUUGAAUGUACUUUUAUAGUAGUAUUCGAUGAAAAUAUAAUUGGCUUCAGAAUGGUCUGUAGGUUGAUGUGGACCUUUUUUAAAAGCAAGUAUGAGUGAGUUUCUUCUGGUGUUCUUUGGGAAUUUGGGAAUCACAGCCAUCAUAGGCUUUACAAAUGCACAAAGCUGAAGAAAGAUAGCCCAUAGAAAGUAGUUGCUGUGAAGAGGUUGCAGAAAUGAAGGCAGCUGAAAAUAGACCUCAUGGAGUGGGAGAACUUCAUUGUUUGAUUUUGAUUGUUUUGAUAUUUCAGUAAUAGGAGGUCUUGUUGCACUAUAUUUAUGUCUGUACAUCUAGGGCAAAAGCUCAAGUUAGAGUCCCAUGCCAGGACCUUUUUGGCAAUGGAAAGUAUGCUUGUAACAUGGUCGAACAGAUUGAUUAUCAGCCUGUAAAUCCUUCUGUAUGUCUGAUGGCAGGUGGUAAGAGUGUGAGAAACUCCUGGUCAGCCAUCAUGCAGAAGGCAAUGGGAAACCACAGCAGCCCUUUGCCCAUAGGAGUGGACCAAUCAAAUGGAAGUCCUUGACCCAACACAUUGAAUUAGACUGGGAGAAAAAAAAGAGAAAUUACUAAAUCUCCAGUCAUAAAUUUUAUUAUUCAGGUUUAUUCAGUUGGUGGCUCAGGCAGCACUGUAGCUGUAAAAUUAAUAAGUAAUUGUUUCAGUAAUUUUAUUUUUUUGUGUAGUACUUCAUUUAUGAACACUUCGUUUAAAAAUCUGAAGGAACUAAAUGCUCUUUUUUUCAUGUUUACUCUAUCGUACUGGUACUUUGUACUACUUUGAUUUCAAUCAUAUUUACUUGAUUGGUAACUCAAAACAGAUGCUUUUGUAAUUAGCUGAAAUAAUAACAGAUGCAUGAUCCUAUGACAUCGACUACCUCUAAAGCCACACUUUCAUAUGAGAUACCUUUGAAAGGGUUAAUGUUAUGAACAUGUGCUAGAUGCAAGGAAUUAGUUAUAUAGAUGGAGAAACCUAUUUAAGUAAAUUGGGCAAUUAUUCUUGGUAUAAGCUAUUAAAUAAAGCAAUAAUGUAUAUUUAUUUUUGUUUGUAAAUAGGCAUUAAUAAUUACCAUACUUCAAAUAUAUUUUAAAACUCCACUGUGUAAUAAAUACUUAUUUCGAAAUAAAUUUCAUUUCAUAUCAAGAAAGGGAAAUCUGCUUCCACUACUCUGAUCAUGUAUCAGUUAUGUGAGAAAAGGCAAGCUUUCAAUAAUAGUUCUGAAGUUUUGUCUGUAAUCUGUUAAAAGUAUUUAUUUGAAUCGUAACUACUGUUGUAGGCUCAAUUUGAAUUAUUUUAAUGAGUAAGAUAUUCUAGCUGGUCUAGGAAAAAUAGUCAUAACUGAUGCAAGCUAUUUUCUAUUCUGUGUGACUGCGAUUAUAAAUUAUUACUAAUCAAAUGUCUGCUUUGAGUAAAGAAAUGAGAUGCCAUCUUCUUGAUGUGUACUUUUUUUAAAUGCAAUAUUUUGAUUUUUACAUGGUUUGCCUUUUUGUGCAGUUUAAUUUUAAAUGAAUUUAUUUGUGUUCCGUUAGAGUAAUGGGUACAGGAAACAGAAACACUUCAAGCAACAACAUUCUUUACAGUGUGAAAAAGUGCUUGUGUUUUCCAAUAAACUAGUUCAAGAUCA